UUCAAAAAAUAUAUAACAAGCUCAAAAACUAAAAUUUCUAAUAUCUAUCUAUUUUUUUUUUGAAAAAAAAAAAAUCUUUCGGAUCAAUAAUCAAAAUGUCAAGUGCUCAACAAGCCGGUGAGUACCACGGCCAGGCUCAGGCCAAGACAGAACAAAUGGCAGAUUCAGCGAAGAGUACCGCACAUUCAAUGGCUGACAAGGCUGAAAAUGCAACCCAAAGUGCUCAAGAAUCUGUUCAACAAAACAAAGACCAGAACAACCCUGGAUUCCUUCAGCAGACUGGAGAGCAAGUGAUCAACAUGGCUCAAGGUGCAGUUGAUGGAGUGAAGAACACACUUGGAAUUGGAUCAGACAAAAAGUGAGAGAGAUGAGGGCUGAAACACAUUUCUCAGUUCGUAUCAUCUUUAAUUUUCAUUUAAUUACAGGGUUUGCAUAUGCUGUUAUUAGGCAUAAGUGAAAACAUUACUACUAGUUUUUGAUUUAUUGUUGGAGAUCUCUCACAAAGAGAAUUACAAAAAUGAUUCUUAUAGAUUGAGAUGAUUUCAUAGGUUUGGUUAUUAUAUGGCUUUAAAUUCCAUGCACCUUAUUGGUAUUAGGGAAGUUGUUUUAUUGAUUGAGAUUUCUCUCAUUAGAAUUCUCAUCAGUAUGUAAUAAGAAAGUUUCUUUGGUUUUGCAAA